AAUAAAUGAGUGGAUUCACACAUUAUAGGAUAGAAACUACAGAAUAUAAAGGAGAUGGAUUUCUCUCUUAAGGAAGUUUAUAAUAAUAAUAAAUUGGGAACACAAAAAUGAGGUGAAUAUAAAAAUAUUUUGUAGAAAUGAAGAGUUUCAAAUUUUGGUGAAUCCUCCAGAUAAUGAAUAAAUUGUGGUAACGGAAUAAGGCUCUUUAUAGAAAAUACUGGAAGCAAAAGAAAGAGGUAAUUGUAUCGUUAUAAAUUAAGAAAUAAAAAAUUUAAGGGAAAGUGUAAAAUCAUUAAACAAUCAAAUAUAAGAUUAAUUGAAAGAAUUGGAAAUUUGGAAGAAUAAAUAUAAAUAACUUCAAUCUGAAAAAAGUCAAAGUCGAAUAACUAUAACAGGAUAAUCACCAAAUGAUUGGGAAUUAUAGUAAUUGAAAGAAGAAGUUAGCAAACUGAAAUAAGAAAAUCAUGAUUAUAAAUAUAAAUUAGAGAGAAAUAGCAAUGUUAUUUCAAAUGAUUUUGUAGUAAACCAGUUGAAACAAUAAAUAAAAUCAUUAGAAGAAUAAUUAAAGUCUAAAUCAAAUCCUUAAAUAACAUCCUUAAAUAGUAAUAAUGCUCAGGAAAUCAAUCAGUUGAAAGAUUAAAUUAAGGCACUUAAAUAAGAAAAUGAUGAUCUUGUUAAAGCUAAGAAUUUACUCAAUUAACAGUUUUAGUAAUCUUAAAUUUAAUGGCAGUAAAGUAGUUUGAGAAAUACUUAUAAUUAUGAUGGAGAUCAAUUAAAAUUGCUUUAAAAUGAGAGAGAUGAUUUAAAAAGAAAACUUAAGGUUUAGGAAGAUCGAAUAGAGGAAUUUUAAUAAUAAAAUUAAAGAUUAAAUUUUAAUUGCAAUUCUUACAUUUAAGAAAUAUAACAAUUAUAAAUAAAAUUUAGUUCAAAAAAUCCAAAUGCUGAGAUUGAGGGAUAUUUGAAAAGGAUUUCGGCUUUAUAACAUGAAGUGUUGGUUUGGCAAGAUCGCUACAAAGCCAAAGAGGUCUAAGAAUUAUCAUAAGCAUAGGAAUAGAGGGUAGUUUAAAAAGACAAUUAAAUUCAAUUUUUAUAAGAGAGAAUUAAAUAAUACGAGGUUUAAAUGGAUUAAUUAAGAUUUGAAUUAGAAAAAUAGAGAAAAGAUUUUGAUGGGCAUAAAACUAAUAACGAUAGCAGAAGAACUGAUAUAGGAGAAGUAGAAAGUUUGAAAAGAAAGAUUGCAGAAAUGGAAUCUGAUAUCUAGAUAUUAAUUGCUGAUCUUUAAGAAAGAGAUUAAAGAAUAAGCAUAACAUAAAAUGAAUAUGAAGAGGAAAUUAGAAUAUUGAAGACAUAAAAUUAGGGUUAGCACUAAAACGAAAUUAAUAAAUUAAUAGAAGAAAAAGAAAAAUAUAGGCUUGAUUAUGAAAGAUUAUCAAUUGAGUACAUGAAUAUUUAACGAUAAAGUGAGUAAAAUAAGAGAAAUUCUUUUGAAGUAGAAAUAUUAAAAUAGAGAAUCAAUGAUCUUGAAUAAUAAAUUAAAAAUUCUGCAAACUAAUAUUAAUCUCUAUAAAGCCAACAUUCUUAAUUAUAGAUUCAAUAUUAAAGUUCAUAAUUAUCACAAUAAUCUUCACUUUAAAUGAAUAACAUUCGAGAAGAUUAUUAAAGAUUAUAAUCCUAAUUCAACUUAUUAUAAUAAGAAAACAAUUAAUUAAAAUAAUAGAAACAAUAAUCAGAUAGCCAAUAAUAUUAAUUUUAAAAUAUUUAAAGUGAUUAUCAAGUUCUUCAAGAUAAAUAUAACAAAUAAUUGCAUGAAAUUUAAUAACUAAAUAAUUAAUUAAAUAAAUAUCAAAAUGAUUACGAUUCUUUGAAUUAAAAUUUUAUUUAAUUUUAGAGAGAAAGUGAAGUUAAAUUCUCACAAACUAAUAAUAAAGAAAUUGACAUAAUGAGAUCUAGAAUUUAAUAAUAUGAAUAAUAAAAUUAAUAAUUAAGAAAUCAAUUGUCUAGCUAAGAAAGUUAGUUAGAAUUGUAAUUUAAGGAGAGAUUGAGGUUGGAGAUGCAUCAAAUUGAGUAAAGAUUGAAGAGCCAAAGUUAAAUGGAAGUGCAUUCAUUAUAAGAUAAAUAUAAUUAAUUGAAAAUCUAAUAUGAUUAAUUGUAAUAUAGAAAUUAAGAAUAAACAAAAGAAUUAAUGAUUGUUAAAGAAAAGACUAUAAGGGAAAGUUAAUAUGAGACUUAAAACUUAAAGGAUUAGCUAUAAUCAUAUAAAUAAACUAAUAUGUAAUUGAGUUAGGAUAUUUAAAUUUUGAAAGAUUAAAUUUAAAAAUAUAAAAUCGAAAUCGAAUAAAUAAAUUAUAAGAAAAUUGUUGUGUAGAGGGGAGAAGAGAUGAAUUAAUAUAAUUAAGAAGAAGUUGAAAAAUUAAUGGCUAGAAUAAGAGAGUAGGAUUUCUUAUUUCAAUAAAAAAAUUAGCAAAUAAAUUAAUUGUAAAUGGAUCUUAAAAAUUAAGAAAUUAGAAUAAAAAAUGAUUUAGAAUAAUAAUUUAUUUCUAGAUUGAUGAUAGAGAAAUAAAAUUUUGAGAGUAAAUCUUAAAAAUAGAGUUAAACUGAAACUCAAAAUCUAUAAUACUAAUUAUAAUAAUUAUAAUAGGAAUUAAAUUAAUAUAAACAAAAAUAUUAGUAAAUGGAAUAAUAAUUUAAUUAAUCUAAAAUUGAGAUCUCUUAAAAUAGAUCUCACUAAUCAAAUGUUAAUUCAGAUUAAGUAAAGAAAUUGCAAUUAAAUAUCGCUGAUUUAGAACAUGAGAUUUCGACUUUAAAUAUAGAGAUUGAAAGAUAGAAAAAUAUUAAAAAGGAUUAAGAAAAUAAAAUUUAGAAAUUGAUUGAAAAUAUCACUGAUUUGGAAUCAAAAAUGCAUAUUUUAGAAUAAGAAAAUGUUAGAUUGGAGGCUAAAUUAAAAAAAUAAAUAAUUAUUGAUAAGCCUAAUGAUUAUUAUGUUGUUAAUUAACUUUUGGGGUAAUCAAGUUCUUAGAUUAAGCCAAAUGCAAUUACAAACAUAACAAAUACUUAAAAUACCCAAGGUAUUGGUAUAGUAACUAGAUAAUCAGGAAUAAAUAAUAUAAAUUAAAUUACAUCAUCUUAUAACUAAUAUUAUGAUUAAAAAGGUUUAAUAUAAUAGAAUGAAAUUAAGCAAUCUCAAUUUUCUUAGAGAAUGUAAAGUCAGGAACCAAAAGUUUCAAAUUAUUUGAGUCCAGACAAGAAGUAAGUAUUGAUAAUUAUUUUUUAUUAGUUUUUAAACCUAAAAGAUAGUAAUAUCAAAAAGUGUAAAAUGAACAAUAAGGAUCAGC